AUGUCUUUCGGUAGACAUGCCUAUCGGCAUGCUAUCAAACCGCCUGCCACUCCGACACACGAUCACUUGUGGAUCGGCGACGACCUGUUGGCAGCCACGUUCCGUCGUUUUGCCAACGGCCAGCGGCGCCAUGGGAGCUGUGUUCCUGGACCUUUAGAAGCACGGCGACGCCUCGCAAAGCGAAGAAAUACAGCAUUGGCCAGUAUCGGCGGUGGGCCAUUGGAGGACAUUUCGUGUCUAUUCGGCCGCAAUGGGAGGGAACACAUGAAAUGGACCGAUCAUUCAUGGCAGGGUGUGCCCUUUGAAAGUCAACCCUUCGCCGACCCUGCACCGGCUUAUUCCGAAGACCAUGUCCCAUUCGCAACUCCAACACCCGAGCUAGGAUACAGUGAAUCCUUACAUCCCUCGUCGCACCCCGCUCAGACUGAUCCACAAAUACCCGAGCAAAUACUGGAGGAUUUUCUAGGCAGCUCAAGUUGGGGGAUCGAAGAUGCCAGGGAAUUCACUCGCCAGAUGAGGAUCGAUCUCCACCGAGACCCCCGAUACAGCAGACAAAUAUUUGACCGAUUACUUGCUCGCUCAGACAAAAACUUUGACGAAGCUAUUGCAUUCUUGGAUGACCCGUUUCUGAAUACUCGGGGCUCGGGAAAUUAUAUUGCAGCCAUCGAGGUCUUCGUUCGAACUAAAGCGAAACGCGCUCGACGGACCGCUGUUCUGGAUUCAAUAAAACGCGGCUUAGAGCUGGGGUUGAUUCCAACUGAGGACAUUUGCCUGAUUCUCAGCACGUUGCCGAAUAUUCUUGUCGAGAACAAAAAGACUCUGGGGUCCUGGGACCAUUACGCGCUGCUGAAACAUUACCGAGCUAUGUGGAGAGCUAUUGGACGUUGCAACAUUUUGGGUUAUCAUGACCUCGAUAAGAAGAUUGUGGAUGUCUGGAUUGGAGAACUUCUGAGCAUCGGCAGCUUUCGUUUUGCAGAGGAAAUCAUCAUCGGAACACACGAUGGAAACAGUCGCAGCCAGUGGCCCUCUGUCUUGGUCCAAACCUGGCUGCAAGCCAAGGAGGCUGAUUUGGAAACAAAUGCACCGUUUCCAAACAAAAUAUUCAGCCAACUUGAUGUGGACUCUGCCGCGGAUUGUGUCAUACGCGUGACAGAGUCAAUAUCUUCUGCAGACGGCAGAGAAACCAGGAACCAGCUGCUGCACCGAUGGCGAGACUGUCUCUCGAAUGCUGAUAUUAUUUCGACUGUCGCGAAGUCUCGGGUCUGGUGCGAUUUUCCGCUUCCACGCGUUGGGUCCCAGGAACACGCUUUCGAGAAGCAUUCAACCCAGGGCCAAAUCGUAUUGCGGCUCUGGCUUUUGCGGACUCUCUGUCGGACUACCGGAUACAUGUAUAACCAGAGUUCGAAGCCGACAGACCGGCCAAUCUACCUGUUACUCCACCUCUAUGAUCUUGUGAUCAAGGGCACCGGCGGUCAUCUAUUCCCGGAGCUUUUGCGGGAUCUUCAUGAACUCGACCUCCCAUACAACAGGCUUCUCAUCUUAGCCCUCGACAGAAUGGGAAAUAAGUCCAUCACAAAAACCGUUCGUCAAACCCUUGAACAGCUGGAGACAUCCAAGCUCUCCCUCGCCGAUGUGUGGAAGACCCCAUCCAUACAUAAGGGAAUCCGAAACCUCUUCCAUGCUUCAUUCGAUCAGAUGUUCAACCGCAUGGAUCUCGCCAACCCCGAAACAGCUCAAGAAUUAGUGCAAAUUGUGCGAUCAGGAGACUCGAACAGCACCCGAUCCAUCCUGAGACUCCUGAAUAACAACACCCCCUUCAAGAUCAGUCUCAACAAAGCCUACCAAGAAAUCCCACACCCCGAUGAGAUGAUCCUCGUACGGUACCACCCUGGCCCACGCACCAGCCGGUGCCCCGAUCCCCACGCUGCCAUCAGUCUGAUAAAUCAGCUGGCGGUAGCAAUCUCUUGCUCCAGAAGCUUGACCCCAUCUCAAUCAUUCCACAUGGUUCACUGGCUCUAUGGAUAUCUACGCAGACACGGCGGGCCUGUCGAUCCGGAAUUCGUGCGAGCCAUGUAUCAUGCCGGCGUGGUACGCAGACGUCGUGAAGGUCUCCGCAUACCAGCGACACAGUACGAGUAUAUUCUUUGGAUUGUGGGCAAAUUUGAGGGGCGUCAGGUUGUUGAACAGCUCACUGACCCCUACCAGAUUGGUGCAUCGAAUUUUGUCGGCCAAUGA